AUGACCUCGAGAGACUCACCAACGACCCAACAUUCACCAGCACCUGGGGUCCAAAACAAUGUAAUUCCCCACAUCCAGGCCGGCACUAGCUUCCACUAUAUCACCGCUGGCAAUGAGGGCAUUCCGGGCGACCUUGUCAAUUUUGUCCUCCCUGCCAUGCAAAAUCUCGACACUGCUCUCACCAAUGCCAAGCUCAACAUCCACAUCUCCACCGUCAUUGCUACUGAUGUCCUCGGCAUAUUAUUCCCACCUUCCCAAGGCGUAUUCUCUGAAGCAUCGUCCAUCGACAUGAUCAGCAUUGCAGGAUUCUUGGUGUUCAAGAAGACACCACUCUUUGUCAACAUGUACCCAUACUUUGCAUAUGCCAACCAACCAAAGGACAUGCAGCUCAACUAUGCACUCUUCAUAGCAAACGGCAUGGUGGUCGUUGACGGUUCAUUGAACUAA